AUUUUGCCGUCAACGAGACAGACCACAGCCGUCGACGUCGUCAACACCGGUCACAAACUUAGAUUCCACAAAAAUCUAACGCCGUCAAUUAUUUCCGUCCAUCUCCUUCCUCAAAUCUCUCUCUCUACUCUUUUAACCCCACAGACCAUUCUUAGCUGUACAAAGUCUCUCUCUCUCUCUCUCUGCAAACACUGAUUCAACAAAGAAGAAUCAAAAUCUCCAGAAAUUCGAUCGUCGUUGAAGAUUCGUCUCAGUUUCUAGCUUAGUGUUUUGGAAUCGAAAAUGGCGGGUCGAGUUAAAGAAGACGAGAAGAACGAGAAGAUUAUUAGGAGUCUUCUUAAACUUCCUGAGAAUAAGAGGUGUAUAAACUGUAACAGCCUUGGACCACAAUAUGUUUGCACUACUUUCUGGACUUUUGUUUGUACCAACUGCAGUGGAAUACAUCGUGAGUUUACACAUCGUGUUAAAUCGAUAUCAAUGGCGAAAUUUACCUCACAAGAAGUUACUGCUUUGAAAGAAGGUGGAAAUCAGCAUGCUAAGGAUAUUUAUUUUAAAGGAUUGGAUCAACAGCGGCAAUCAGUGCCUGACGGAAGUAAUGUUGAGCGGUUAAGGGACUUCAUCAGACAUGUGUAUGUAAAUAAAAGGUAUACGAAUGAGAAGAAUGAUGAUAAGUCUCCAAGUGAGACACGUAGUUCUAGUGGUUCUCGGAGUCCACCUUAUGAAGAUGGAUAUGACCGUCGUUACGGCGACAGAUCAAGUCCUGGUGGGAGAAGUCCAGGGUUCGAGACGGGUAGUAGGAAUGCUGUUAAUAACAGAAAAAGCCCUGCUCGUCCUGAGAUCCUGAAUGAUUGGCGCAGAGAGGAUAGGUUUGGGGGUAGAAAAACAUCAGAAGAGGGCUCCCAGUCACCUGAGCAAGUAAAAGACUUGGGUUCAGCUAGCCCUCCUGUAGCUCGACCUGUUAGGGAAAUUUUGGGUGACAGUGUUAUUCCUCUUCGUGUGGGAGAGCCUCCAAAACCCCCUGUCAGUAGAAAUACCGAUGCUUCAGCACAUGCAAAGUCAGGUACAUCAUUGAGUAGUUUAAUGUCCACAAAUGAGAAGCCACCAGAAGUGAAGCUGGAGACUGCUUUAAGCCUGAUUGAUUUUGAUACUGAUUUUGAAACUCCUGCUCCAUCUGUUGCAAUUCAAGCACCACUAUCGACCACAUCUCAGCCUGCUCCACAGCCAACAACUUCAUCUAAUGAUAACUGGGCAUCUUUCGAUGCUGCACCCAGUGCCCCUAGUUUAAAUGUAUCGCAACCACCACCCAGUGGAAACACACUGGAUUCACUUCUCUCCCAGUUGGCAGUGACUUCUUCUGUGCCAGGUCAGGCGUCUACACCAUCUAACGGACCUGUGAAUCUUGGUCAUUCCACGUCACAAAUCUUUGCACCCUUUCAGAAUGAGCAUUCGAGUGAACAGCCAUGGAACACAGCACUUGCAUCUAAUGUACAGAGGUCAAUGAGUGCACCGUCAUUGCAACCUCUUCAAGGAGUCCCUUCUGGUGGCCUGCAGUCUUCUGAAGUUAAACCUUCGGGAAGAUCAGAAUUACCUGCGGAUUUAUUCGCUGUAAACUACCCAUCAUACCAUGCACCAGUGCCUGGAUGGCAAGCUGGUCCACCUCAUGCUAUGCACUAUGGCAUGCAGCAGUAUAAUAACCCCGUGCCGUAUCAGAAUGUUCCGCAGCCAGGCAAGUCAAUGAACCCUUUUGACUUCAGCCCUGGGCCGCCAUCACAAACACAAACGGAAAAUAUGUUCCCUUCCAUGGCUCCUCUGCAAGGUGCAUUACCUCCUUCAGGCAUGAUGCCUUCUCAAGGAGUACACAAUCAAUUCAAUAUACCUUCUCAAGGCUCAGCCCAUCCAUCUGCAAUGCCACCAAGGUACAUGCCUUCUCAAAUACCAGGAAGCAUGCCACCUAGCAAUGUAAACCCAAUUGGCGACAUAAACACGUCAUAUGACACUCAACAAACAUAUCAAAAUUUUGGAAGCUCGUUUGCUGCUGCAGUUCCUUUGAACCCACCUUCUUUCCAAUCAGGAGGAAACCCAUUUGGGUAAGAAAGAGCGAGAAUAUUAGCUCACGAGAGCUAUGUUAUGCAUGAGGAUUGCGUUUGUGUUCUAAGGUGUAGUAUAAGACUAUAAGGAGGUAUUAAAUCGAAUACAAACAUGGGUUAAAUAGGGUGAACGAGGGAAGGUACGGGCCAUGAACCUGAAGAAGAAUUGGGUUUGUGAGAGUGUUAGAUUACUGUAUUUUUUAUAAGCAUCAAAAUGAUUUGAAAUAGGUUUGAUAUUUAUUCUUUGGUGUUUCUAUAUUCCAUUUCCAUUUUGUUGUUUGUCCUUCAGAAAAUCUUCAGGCUCCUCCUGUGUUGUAUGAUUUUGUAUAACAGUUUACACAUUGACCAUAAAGUCUUGUCAAAAUUGAAUAAGGUAAUUUAGAAUUGCUUUUAUGAGACUAAAAUUUGCUGAACUUUCUCUUCCUCUCUCAACUCUCAACGCUCGUUUGUGUAUAAAU